AUGCUGAGCAAUAUCGCCGGACCGGUCGGGAUGCAUCCGGACCCAGCUGGCGGCGUCAGGACACGCAUUUUGACGGCUGAAGAAGACGUUUCCACAGAUUCAUGGAGCGCCGGUGCGGGGUGCAUGCAUAGCGUCGAAGUUGGAAAUUAUCGCACGUAUGUUCCUUGUCGAUGGCCAGAUGAUGGCGAGAUUGAAGAGAGCUUCAAAAACAUUUACCAGGUUAACCAUGGCGUUCGGCUCCACUUGCGCGUGCAUUGCAUGCCAGCGAAUGUUGACAGAAUACUCAUAUCCUCUCGGACUUUUCGGCCAAUGUUGACCAAGAUGACCCGAGGACAUUUGCAGUCGCGCGGUGCAACACCAGCUGAGGACCAAAAUCCAUUCCAGGAGUAUCCGGACACAACCUUCUCGUCGCAUAACCUGUUUUGGCGCAUCUCUGGCCACCUACUGCAUGCAAUUCAGACUACAAUUCAGACUACAAUUCAGACUACAAUUCAGACUACAAUUCAGAUUUCAGGGACACUGUUUCCUCGAAGCCGCUUAUCCGCUUUUUUUCACCAAUUAUUUUUCGCACCCUACCUUGCAUUGAACAAGCCUCCGCAUCCGCACGAUACCGCGGUUGAGAUCAAACUUUUCCGGGGAUGCGACCCCUGCCUUUACGACAGCCCCCAAACUGCGAAGGAACCACAAUAUCCAGGCUGA